AUGUCACAAGUAAAUACACCAAAUAAACCAAAAGUAGAUUCAGUGAUCCCCAAUAAGAAAAAAAAAGGAAUAGUUUUUAAAGAUACCGUUUCAUCACCUUAUAUAAGUAAAACAAUAAAUACAAUAUCAAAUGAAUAUUCAGAAUUAAUUUUAAAAUCUUUAAAAGAAUUAACAGAAAAUGAAAUUAAAAAUAUUCAAAAUAAAAAAGUUAUAAAAAAAGAACAAUUUUUUAAGGUUAGAAAAGAGAAAAAAUCAUUAAAUAAGUUAAAAAAUAGAUUGAAAUCAAUUGAAAAAAAGAAGCAAUUCCUUUUAAAAGAUGAAUCAAUAUCAAAGGAAGAUAAAGAUAAAGAAAUAUUAAGACAAAAUCAAUUAUUAAAUGAUUUUCAAAAACAAAAAAAUGAUCAACAAUUAAUUUUAGAUUCAAUUUUAAAAUUAAAUAAUGUAAAUAAUAAUAAUAAUAAUAAAGAAAAUGAAAAAGAUAAUAAUAAUAAUAAUAAUAAUAAUAAUAAUAAUAAUAAUAAUAAUAAUAAUAAUAAUAAUAAUAAUAAUAAUAAUAAUAAUAAUAAUAAUAAUAAUAAUAAUAAUAAUAAUAAUAAUAAUAAUAGAUUAAAUCAAUUUUGGAUUGGUGUAAAUAAAAUAACUAGAGAAUUAGAGAAAAUACCUAUUCAUUCACCACCAACAAUUAGAUGUAUAAUAGUUUGUCCAAAUCCUGAUAUUCCAAUUUUAACAUCUCAUUUACCAAUUAUGGCAUAUAUGAGAAGGUAUGUAAUACCAAUUUGUUUAUUACCAAAAGAAUUUUCAGUACCAUUAUCACAAUGUCUAGGUAUUCCAAAUACUAGUUUAGCAAUAGCAAUUAAAGAGAAAAAAGCUGAUGAUGAUGAUGACAAGAAUUUCGAUGAAAGUUUUGAAGAUUUCGUUAAACUUUCAAUAGAUGCCUCAAAGAGCAUAAAUAGUUUAGAUUUCCCUUGGUUACCUCAAAAAUAUACCUGUGCUCAUUUGUCUGAACCAAUUGAUGUUAAAUAUAUUCCAACAAAUGUAAUUAAGGAAGGUAAUAAAAGAAUGAAAUUUUAA